AUGGAGUGUCAGGAGUGCGAAGCUCAAGCGCGCUGGGUCGCCAUUCCCAAAGAUAACAACGACUUUGGGGAACUCCCCCCGACAAAAUCAGAACGCCCAGGCAAGGAGCUGCCGUCCAUGUGCGUCCGCUGCGAGGCGCGCCGCUGGUGGAUAUUCGGUGUGGACCACGCACGGCACGGCCUGCCGUCCCGCGGUGUGAUAGAUUCGGAUUUCCAGAGGCUGAUGUAUCACAUGAUGGAGCGCUUGGAGGAACAAAACAUGGCGAUGGGAAUGGACGAGAUGGAACGGGAGCUGCUGGUGCUAUUCAACGAGCACUUCAUGCGGCUGUUGGUAAAGAGGGAGCAGUACAUCUCGGAGUACGCGCAUGAUCCCUUGAACGCGAUGAAUCAUGCAUUCGGAUGA